GGAUCAUCAGGAAGACUGCUUAGUUAUGCAUAACUGAACAGAGGAAAGUGGAUUACAUAACUGAACAGAGAAAAGUGGAGUAGGAGUGUGUAUGCUUACGCCUGCAAGCACUAAACGCAAGCCUGUAUGUCUCUCUACAAUGUAUUAGACCAUUGUGAUUCUACCUCCGUGAUUAGACCUAUUCCAAGUUCCGUAUGCCAUCAAACGCCGACAGCUUUCUUAUCCAGAACAGUAAUUACACGACAAAAUGCGAACACCUCCGCCAUAUUUUCCGCGAAGGAAUCGAGUGGACAAAAUCAGCCAGGAGCGCGGAGUUCUUUCUGAGGGACUGCGAGGAACGGUUGGAACGCCCCAUGUACAGGUUUCUAGUAGUUGGCGAUCCAUGCCUUACGCUGCGCUCUCAAAGCUGUGCUAUCCUUUCAUGGGGGAAAGACUUCUCCAGCCGAGGAAUACUGCUUAUUUGAUAUUAGCUUCUGUAUUUUUCAUGUUGGCAAGUGCAAGCUUGAUGAGCAACUCAUCUUUCAGCACAAGCUUCCAGCAGCCACAAUUAAAACAACUAUUCGAAAGAUCACAUGACAGCCUACGUCACAUCUCAUCACAACCAUUGGCUGCGGGCAACCAGUCUCUAUCCAAUGAUGCAUCGCAGUUCGGAGAGCUAGGCAGUCCCAGCAACGGCUCUUCGUGGCAGCCAUCAACCAAACCAGGUCUAGCCUCAUCCAGUCACAGAGUUGGACCAUCCGGCGAGCCACCUAGAAUCGUUCUAUUAGUCACCAAUCAAGGCUUUGUGGAUUUCACCGAGAACUUGCUGCGGAGCAUGAAGAAGGCCGACUCCCAUCUGAACGUUACCAUAAUCACCGAGGAUCUGGUAUCAUUUAACAAUCUCUCCAUUCACCAACCAGGAGUACACGUCAUGAAGGCUCCAGAUUUAAAGAGCAUGCCCGAGAAACAAGACGCUUUUGAUUACAAUUCCAAGGGAUACAAGCAGUUGAUCAACCGGAGGCCUGCUUACGUUCUGGAUUUCUUACAGAAGGGUUUCGAAGUGUUUUUCGUCGACAGUGACUCUUACUGGUUUAAGGACCCAUUUCCUUACCUCCAAGGCGAUUUCGAUGUCGCCUUUGCGAAAGACUAUUACAAUGCUUUAAAUGCGGGCAUCGGGUUCUACAAACCCACGAAGGCUGCCAUCGAAUUCCUUAAACGAUGGACACAAACCAUGGCAAUCAAUGCAAAACGGAAGAUUCUGAAGAUUGACCAAAUCGUAAUGAACGGAAUUCUUCAUUCCAAACAGAUGCGCGCCCGUGGGCUUCGUGUCAGGCAGCUGACACACGAGAACUUUCCCUGCGCAAGGUAUUACCUCAAAACGCAGAAAUGCGACAAUUACACAGCCGAGACAGUGCUGCUUCACGCUGCUUAUUUGGCGGGACAUGAAUUGAAGAAGAAGAUGUUUGAGCAAUGUCAACUCUGGCUCUUGUAGAUAAAGAAACACCGAAUUGCCUGCCUCUACCCCCGAAACUAGCCGAUGUCACAGGACUAAUGGAAUCUGGCUUUGAAUUAAGACAAGGAAACUAACUGUGAUUUAGCCAAAUAACAGUGCAUUCACUUUUCUUGGUUGUCCCCCCACAAAAAUCUUCACUUCAGUAGCCCGGACGCGACCAGCUCAUGCAGUGUGACUACAUAUACAAUUAACCUUUUUAAAAAGACCGUGUGGGUGAGGACUUUGAGAGCAUUUUACAACCCGAGGAUUACUAAAUGCAUAACUGUUUUCAUUGUUACAUACUAUCAUAAUAAAGAUGAUGUACCUGAAAGAUUGGACCGGAAUAGCUCUUACAACUUUUGUGUUGUAAUUGUUUUAUUUAUCGUUGGCUUCUUGGAGCCUUGAAGGAUAAACCUUUCAUCAUUUUUCACUUUCUCUGUUAGUAUGGACGAAAAGAUUACUGUUACAUUGAUGCAUUGUUAGGGUUCUGGGGAGAUAGAACAAGAUUUUUAGGCAGUUGCGCUGCUGGAAGAUCAAAAUCCUCUGUUAACAGAUCAGCGCAUUAUCGGAAAGUACAAAUAAAUUAGCGUGAAAGUUAA